UUCGAGAGGGUAACUGCAGCCCUCAUAAUCAGACUCAUUGUGUGUCCUAAGGACAGACGGCAGUGGCUUGAUUUUCAGAUUCAAGUUUUCUACUGUGUGGAUACGAACGCUAUAUUCAUGAUUCUGAAUGGUUACAAUGAUUUUACACAUCUUCGGAAGACUUUCUCUUCCAAUCCUGAUAAGAACUUUUUCGAAAAAUUUGCUGAAAGUGAGGAGAUUCAAGUGCGACUGCUACACUUUAUCAGUAUAUUUUCUCAUAUAAUUGUGUUUGUUGAGAGCAACACGCGUUUUGACAUUUCGCUGUCUGACAUGUUAUCAAUUGUGAAUAAAGUAAGAAAGAAUGUCCGUGAGGAUGUUAGUGAAAUCCUAGAACGGACGUCAAAAGAAGCUACUGAGUGGAUUCGAGAAGGUCGCAUUGCCUGCCCUCGAAUUUUGUUUGCUUUCCAGAGAAACAUUAUACGUAAUGAAUUAGGCUGUGUGAAAAAGGUAUGUGCUUUAUUUUAUCUUGUUAACUUAAAGUCCAAGAACCAUAAUGUUGAUGGCACCCCCUGUUUUCUAUCAUAUUCGAACAGUGGUGAUCUUGAGGUCGCUGUCGCAAUUGCAUAUCUCGAUGCCGUUUUGGUUGGAGAUCGCGAUGAAGCGAUAGCCCAGGUACGAGCUGUAUGCGACAAUCUAUGGCAGGGUGGCAUGCGAGGCUGUGAGCAAGUUUCCAUGACUGGAAAUCGUUGCCAGCUGAAGGUUCAUCCAGCAGUAGGUGAUGCUUCCGUAGAUCCUAGUUCCUGGGAAAUGCAUUCGAAUGAUGUUACUUACCUAUCAACAUGCUCAUGUGGUCGGCGCCAAGCAGUACGCAAGGAUCCAUUUACUCUCAAGGUUCUCUUGUUUUCACUAUUGGAUUGUCUUUUACAUUUGCGAAUUUCGUCUCUUUUAGGAAGCAAAUUACGAUUUUUAUUUCGAGAACAGUAUUUUCUCUUGCUGCAUUCCUAUGGGCUUCGCGACCAGCCAAAUCUGAAGCUGGGAGGUGAAUAUCUGUAUCCAGUUACUGUUCAACUGGAGGUUCGUGAGAAUUUUGUUGUGAAGUUAUUCAUUGGAAUGGAAUAUGAAUGUCCUAGAGGUCAUCGUUUCUUCGUUGCUGAGAAUGGAGAACCGUUAAGAGUUCCUAAAAACUCGAAUGCACGAACAGCAAUGAGUCGGGAAUCGGAUGACGAAUUUUUACAUUGUGACUUCCCACUCCGGAGGCAGUGCACGUGCAGAAAGUUGCCCGUGCAGGCAGCUCAGUUAAUGCGAAUACACGUCGUUACACCAAAGGCACCCAUCACAGUAACCAUUCAACCAGCUGUGGAGCUUCCUGGUCAAGAGGGUUGUUUUGGAACAGGCGAGGCACCUUUGCAGCUUUCUUGGGCUAGGUACUAUAUACUGCAACUGCCAUUCAUAUAUUCGGGUCCAUCAGGUGUGUGGAUUCCACCAGCUGGAGUCGAACGGGUAGGAACAUUCAAGAAAGACGCAAUUCAAGUGAAAUAUAUACCCAUGCUGUCCAAAAAAAUGUUGUAA